AUGCAGUUACACUCAGUAACGGAAAAGGAACUAGAGGAAGUACCAAAGAAGAGAGAAGACAAGCCUAUACCUGAGGGGGAGUUGAUUCCUAAGGCGACACAUGAAUCAAAGAAAAAGGAUGCAACUUCAGAGCCAGUGGAAGCUGCAAGGUCACCACCACCUUUCCCCCAGAGAUUGCAGAAAAAUAAUGACAAUCGCAUGUUCAUGGCUCACAAGAGAAGAUUGACUGAGUUUGAGACAGUUGCACUUACUGAGGAUUGCACUUCAAGGGUCCAAAACAAGCUCCCUCAAAAGCUUAAGGAUCCUCGCAGCUUCACCAUCCAUGUGCGAAUUGGUAAUAUUGAUGUGGGUCAUGCUCUUUGUGAUUUAGGGGCAAGCAUAAAUCUGAUGCCCUUAUCCUUGUUCAAGCAAUUGGGUCUGGGAGCUCCAAGACCAACUACUGUGAUGUUGCAACUGGCUGAUAGGUCCAUAGCACACCUUGAGGGAGUGAUUAAAGAUAUAUUGCUACAACUUGGGAAGUUCAUAUUCCCUGCGAACUUUAUUAUACUAGAUUAUGAGGAUGACAAACUGAUUCCAAUCAUAUUGGGGCGACCUCUCCUUGCUACUGAGGUUGAUAUUGUUAAAGUGAUAGAGGGAAAAAUGAUUUUGAGAGUGGAUGACGAGGAAGCAGUAUUUAAUGUCUACAAAGCAAUCCAACUUCCCAGCCACUAUGAGGAGAUCUCAAUAAUAUCUGUUGUGGAGGUGAACAAGCAACUUCUUGACACAAGUGUAUAUAAAGACGAUUCUCUGGAGAAAGCACUUAUGUUGUUCGAUAGCUUGGAGAUUGAUGAGGAGGUUGAGGAGAUGAUGCAUAUCCUAGAUGCAUCACGUGCUUACAUGCAGGGGAUACACCCCUUUGAGCCCCUAAAUAGGUGA